UCCUAGCUCGCAGCCAGUAGCCGCGCCCCAAGGCAGACUUUGGUCACUUGUGCCGCUAUUCCAUUCCCUCGUCGUGCGCUUCUCCUCCGCCCCAAAACUCGCCGAUCCCCAGGGCCACGGCCUCGUCGUCGUGUUCCCCCAGAGAUCCGAGCCGAGCGCACGCAUCAACAGUUGCGCGCUUCUGCUGCGCCCCCACCGCCGACUGCUACCUUGAAGACGCCAAAGCUGUCCGUCGCCAGUUCAGCACCACCUCGCAGCUACAGUUAUCACACACCCCGCACCGCUGCUUCCGCCUCUCUCCCCCCUUCCUUACUCAGCUCAAUACCAGGGCAGCAAGAAUCGCAGCGCAUGUCAGCGAUGCUGGGCUGUGAGCUCUGAAGGAUGGGUGAAGCAAGGGAGGAAGCGACGGCGGCGGGAAGCCAAGAAGCGGAGCUGGGUGAGCAGGGGAGGCUCGCGGCGGCCCUGGACGCCGUCAGUUCUUUGGUCUCCGCUUCCUUGUCCGCAUCACUCUUCCCGCUCAAGUGGCAACUCAUCAGGGACAGGCUCAACCGGCUCCACGCCGGCCUUGCCGACAUCACCGUCACCGCGGACGAAAACGGCGAGGACAGGUGCGACGCGUUCGCUGAACUCCUGCGCGACGUGGCGGGGACAGCCCGGGAGGCGCGGGAGCUGGUGCCGCUGAGCCAGGGGAGGCACUACGGCGGCGGCAAGCUGCGGCUGCGCAGCGACCUCGACGUCCUGGCCGCGGCACUCGACGCGCACGUGUCGCGGCUGGACGAGGUGUACGCGUCGGGGGCGCUGAUGCGGGCGCGGGCGCUGGUGGUGCCGCGGCCGGCGCCCGGCGCGAACCACGAUGACGUGCGGUUCUACGUGCGCGACCUCUUCGCCAGGCUCCGGGUGGCCGGCGCGGAGAUGCGGAGGGAGGCUGCGGCCGCGCUCAACGAGGUGCUACGCGACGACGAGAAGUGCGUCCGCGUCGUCGCGUCCGAUGUCGACGACGGCGUCGGCGUCCUCGUCGCGCUGCUCGAGUGUCCCGACGCGUGCGUCCAGGAAGAGGCCCUGGAGGCGGUCUCGGUGAUCGCCGGUUUCGACGCGCACAGGGGCGACCUGGUGAUUGGCGGAGUCAUCGCGCCCGUGAUCCGGGUCCUCAACACGGACGCUGGCCCGGCGGCCAAGGAGCGGGCGGCGCGGGUGCUCUGCAAGCUCACCGAGAACUCGGACAACGCGUGGGCAGUUGCUGCGCACGGUGGAGUCACGGCAUUGCUCAACGUCUGCACGGACCACCGGACGAGCGGUGGCCAGCUCGUGUGCGCGGCGUGCCGGGUGCUGAGGAGCCUCGCGGGCGUCGACGAGAUCAGGAAGUACAUGGUGGCCGACGCCGGGGCCGUGACGGUGCUCAUGUCGCUCUUGCAGGGCGCCACGGGCGACGCGGCGCAAAUCAAUGCGAUGGAGCUCCUGGCCGCAAUGGCCACCGGCGACAGCUCCGUCAGGGAGGCCGUGAUCCAAGAAGGCGCCGUCGAGUCCCUCGUCCGCGCGCUCGACCCGGGCUCCCCAAGCUCCUCAAAGGCGCGCGAGGUCGCCCUCCGCGCCAUUGACUCGCUCUGCUUCUCGUGCUCAGGCUCGAUAGACCGGCUCGUCGCCGCCGGUUUCGUCUACCGCGUCCUCUUCCUCCUCCGCAACGGCGACAACACGCUUCAGCACUGCGCCCUCAAGGCGGCGCACCGCCUGUGCCACGUGUCGGAGGAGACCAAGAAGGCGAUGGGCAACGCCGGGUUCAUGCUGGAGCUGGUGAGCGUCCUCCGGGCGGCCAAGUCCCCCGAGGCGCGGGAGAUGGCCGCGGAGGCGCUCUGCGCCAUGGUGUCCGUGCACCGAAACCGGAAGCGCUUCGUCCAGGAGGACCGCAACGUGGCGCAGGUGCUGCAGCUGCUGAGUCCCGACGAGGAGAAACCCUCGCCGGGGGCGAAGCGAUUCUUGCUUUCGGCGCUGAUGCAUCUCGCAGACAGCAGCUCCGGCCGGAGGAAGAUCAUGUCCUCGGAGCACGUUAGGAAUCUUGAGAAGCUUGCAGAGACCAAUGUCCCGGACGCCAAACGGGUCGUGAAGAAGCUUGGCGGGAGCAAGCUCAGGAGCAUUUUCCAUGGCAUUUGGAGCCUGUAAUCCUGGGACAAGCACUAGCUGUUACUACUCCUUAGUACUGUACCUCUAGCUAACACAUAUGUUCCUUUCAUCUUUUGUUACUGUGAAGGAAUGAAAGAAUGGAUCACUCCAAUGUCUUUAGCAGUGAUAAUCA